AUGAAUAGCUCCAGACACCAGCCUCUGUUCUUUGUCAGUCUGCCUGAGCUGCAAAAACUCUGUGCUGCUACAGUAACACUGAGUUCUCAGAUACCAGAAUCUGAGGCAAGGAGUACACAGAUAAAGACUUGCAGACAAUUAUUGUUCCUGUAUCAAGAGAUCCUUUCUGCACCUGUUAUGGGGACACUGAGUCAAAUUUCAGUUGUGAUGGCGAUACCAUUUUACGAAUCAGGAAUAUGUCAAGCCUAUGUAGAGAGACACGGAGCUACUCUGGAAGCACCACAAACAGUUACUCCAGCCCUUCUCCAGACCUGUCUCUCCUACACACUUUCAGCCAGACUUGCGCCCAGAUGGAACAAGGCUGGUCAUCUCUUGGUGCAAGGGAAAGACUUUUUGUCUCAUUCAGGAAGACAAAAUGCUGUUGGUAAGUACAAUAUUCUGUUAAUGGUAAAACCUCUUUGCAUCAGUGUGGAGCCUUGCUCAAUUCGGCUGCCACCCCCCAAGCUGGGAGAUUUUGAUAUUUCAGCAAACACCAUAAAGCUGUUUGACAGCAAUGAAAAUACAGUUAUUCAGCAACAUUCCAUAUUAAGUAACUGGUGCUAUGUUUUGCCAAGCAUGAAAAUGGGUCAAAUCAUAAACAUCAGCCAUAUAAUUCCUCCAGAAUCUCCUUUCCAUUCAUAUAAGGAUUUUCAGAUGCACUGGAAGAGUCUGUAUGGAUAUAUUCUUCCUGAGGAUCUUGAAGAGACAAAAAUAUACUUGAGUGUUUACUUCAAACCAAUAGGGGAAAGGUUCUUCACAUACCCUUUAAGUUGUAUCCGAAGUCAGCCAGUGCAGUAUUUCCCCAGAACAGAUGCAGAAAGUGUAGUGAACUCUUUUCUUGCUGACAUGAAGAGCAAUUUUUCACAGCUGUGUGGAUUUCCAGUAAAGAUGACAAGUAAAGCACUCUAUGCUAUAAAGGAGCUCUCCAAGGCUUCAGUGCAUGACAUAAAACCUAAGCAUACGAAAUUGGACGGUGAGAUGGUUUGUGUAGUAUCUCUAACGCAGGCUCCUCCAAGAAAACCGACUUUGCCUGGAAUUCCUUCACCCUGCAGUACGGAAAACAGCCACUGGAUGGAGCGUUUGAUCAAAGAGCCAGGAGCACUGAGUUUCUCGAGUAGCAGUAAGAGUACAGGAGGGGUUAGCUUUGAAGUAACAGAGACAUCAGUUAGCAAUAAGCAAAUUCCAGGCCUACCAGAGUUACCAACUGCAAAAUCUUUAGGAACACCUGUAAACGCAGCCUUUGAAUCCACACCCUCAAAAGUCAGCAAAAUUAUACCAAUUUUCAAAGGAAAGUUGAUGCAAAUGAAUGGACAGAUCACAAAUCAAACAGAUAGGAAGAAAAGGGAAAAUGCUGAAAGACAUUCACCAAGAAAAAAUGUGGGUGUUUCAUCCUCUAUGCUAUCUGUGCACAAAUCCAGCAUAACUCAGGUUUUCAAACACAUUCAAAAUAUGCCAGUCAAAACUCCCACUGACAGCAGCAUGCUUCAGGUAAAGAAUACGAAGACACACACAAAACAAGGUACACCCAUAUUCCGGUGGAAAACCCAGUCUAGUGAACAAAUUGCUAACUCUGAUUUUUCUGAAAACUCGGCCUCAGGUGGGAAUCCAAGUGAAGUCAAUCACAAAAAGGCAAAUACUCCGUUCUUUCUUAAGAAUGUUGGGCCAGUGCUUCAGAAAUCAAACACCAGUCCAUGUCUGAGCACACAUGAAUCUCCUACUUCCAGUGCAAGAAGGGGGAAAAAGUUUGCAAGUCAAAAUACUACUCAAUUUCUUGAGAAACACCACCAGUCAAAGGAAGUGCAUUUGCAGAUUUGUAAAUUAGACAAUGAAAUGACAAAUUCCAGUUUGUCACUGCAACAAAGAAAGAGAUCAAAUAAGGGAGCUGUGUUAAAUAUUCAUGAAUCUGUCUUCAAAGUUACAGUGUGCGUGGCCAAAAAUGAAGGAAACAAAGCCGCUUGCCACUCUAAGGACUGUACUGCUGAGACAACCAGUCAUCAUUCCAAACCUAACUUUGAACAGACGACUGCAGGGAACAAGAAUCUGACAUGUGAAACACUGACCUCAAAAACAACUUUGCCAGUCAAGGAGAGCAACAUGGAAGCAUCUAUAAAGAAAGGUUGUGGCAGAAAAAGACAGAAAGAAGAAGGCUAUUCAAAGUUAAAGAGAGCCAAAGGAAGUAAAACUACUUAA